UAAAAACUUCUUGAGCUCAUAGAUCAUGGCAAGAUCUACAACCUCCAUUGUUCUCAUAACAAUAUAUUUCAUCGUUCUCCUCUUCAUAACCUCCCUCCUCCUCUAUUUUCAACCCAUCUCUUCAUCCAUUCAAUCUUUUUUCCAACAAGGUGUCGAAAAAUCUCCGAAAACCUGUGAUAUUUACAAAGGCAAAUGGGUGUAUGACCCAAACAGAACCAAGUACUAUACGAACUCUUGCGUUGUGAUUGCAGAGGGUCAGAAUUGCCGGGCCAACGGCAGGCCUGACAUGGGCUAUGAGGAUUGGAGAUGGAGGCCCGAUGAGUGCGAGCUGCCGAGGUUCGAUGUGAAGCAGUUCUUGAGGUUGAUGAGGAAUAAGACUCUGGCUUUUGUUGGCGAUUCUAUAGCUAGGAAUCAGAUGCAGUCUUUGCUGUGCAUGUUGUUGGAGGAGGAGACUGACUUCAAGAAUCAUGGGUAUCACAAUGGGAGUAUUAAGAUGAAGAGAUGGUACUUCAGGCGAACAUCGACAAUCAUCGCAAGGAUAUGGUCAUCAUGGCUCGUCGACACAACCGAGGAAUCCCUAGAGUUCGCCCCCGAGGGCUUCCCCAAGGUUCACCUCGACAUUCCAGACAAAACCUUGAUGGAAUUCCUACCGACACUAGACAUCAUAGUACUCUCUUCCGGCCACUGGUUUGCCAAGAAAUCUGCGUAUGUCAUCAACAACACUAUCGUCGGAGGAGAGCACUGGUGGCCAAAAGACGCUGGCGAGAUGAAAAUCAACAGCAAGGAUGCAUUCAUCAUAUCAUUAGACACGGUUUUAGAUGCUAUCAUGAACCACCCAAAAUUUUCAGGCUUGGUGAUCGUGAGAUCGUACUCGCCAAGCCAUUAUAACGAUGGGGCUUGGAACACGGGAGGAUCAUGCGGAGGAGAAGUGCAGCCUGCAAGCGAGGUGGUGAGGGAUGGCGAUAGCGAGAGUAUGCACGCAAUGCAGAUGAAGGGGUUCGAGGAUGCAGUGAUGACGUUGAAGGAUGGCGGGUCGAGGAUGAGAAUGAUGGAUAUAACAGAGAUGUUUAGUUAUCGGAGGGACGGGCAUCCAGGUCCCUACAGGAGCCCGGAUUCGAACAAGCCUAAGGAAGGGCCGAAGGCGCAGGAUUGCUUGCAUUGGUGUAUGCCAGGGGCUGUUGAUACAUGGAAUGAAAUUUUAGCAGAAAUCAUUCGGAGAGAGUACAACGGGUGAAUACUAUAGGAAGUUACAGUUUGUAUAGUCCAUGAAUGUAGUUUGUAUUAGAUAGAUUAUGUCAAUAGAUACAUGUCAUUUGUGUAAACAGA